CAAGCUCUCACACACUCAUAUGAAUGUAUGCAUGUGAAAAAAAUGAGAUGUACGGGCUUAAAGUGCAGCGUAGAAAUUUUUGGGAUGGUGGAAAAAUCGGCAGCAGGCGCAGUCAACAGUGGGCAAUGCAGCCAUGCAAUGCACUCAUUAUUGUACAUAGAACAGUGGUGGCUGUGACGGCGCAGUCAGCAUCAUUGUUGGCAGCAACAUAGAAAGUAGAAUAAAAGCAGAAGGCAUAAGCAAGAACAAGCUGUAAAGGCAGACGCGGCGAUCUGACCAUGCAGUAACAAUAAUAACAACAACGAAUGAAGUUGCGAAAGAUAAAUGAAAAAGCAAAGCAAAUUUUAUUUGAAAAGCAAUUGGCGCUCUGUCGCAGUCUCACUCUCUCUAAACAACUGUCAAAUAGCUGCCGCGUGCAGAGGAAAAUGAAAACAAAACAAAAUUUAAAACUGCAGUUGUUUGAAAUUGAGAAAAAGAGAGAGAGAGAGAGAGAGAGAGCGAAUUGAGUACUAAAAUUGUAUAGCGCCGAGAGUGACUGCAUGGAAUGCAUUUUCACACCGUCACACAUACAAACACACAAAUGUACAUAUAACUUCUGUAUGCGAGCAACCACAAGUGCACUGCCAAACGGCCGACGACUCUGCAACUCUUAGCCCUAAUAAUAAUGCUCGAGUAUAAAGCCCAAUUGGUAGUGAACGGUCGGUCGGUUGGACGGACAGUGGAACGCGAACGUGCAGUGAAACGGUGUAGCAAAACAGUAAAAUCGAUGGCCGAGCGCAGUUGAAUAAUGCAAGAGUGUUUGUGUGAUAUUACUCCGCUCUGAGCUGCUAUUGAGGAUUUCUUCUUCAGUUAGCCAAACACACGCACACACACACACACACACUUAUAUGUAUAUGUACUUAACUAUAUAUGUGCAUUUGUGUAAAGUAGGCAAAAUUCAUUAAGAAAUAUACGAGGAAAAUACCACAAAUGCUGAGUGAAGUGAAUAGAAAAAUAAAUUAAAUAGGAAACUCUUAUUGGAAUAAUUGAAGUGGUGCUUAUACAUAGAAUGCUUCCGCUGAGAUUGUGGAAAAUAUAUACAUAUGUACAUUACAUACAGUGCAUGUAUGUGGAAAUUUAUUAACACGAAAUAUUCAGCCAUCGAAAUCUAUGCUUCCAUUUGAGCAGCCGUUUGCUAAUUCUUGAAUAGACUGCAUAUUUAUAGUGCAAUCCGUUUUUAAAAAGAAAACAAAAAAAUGAACAGACAAAAUAAACGCAACGAAGCUAAAUUUGUGCAAAGUGAAAAAAAGUAAAAAUAUAUACAAAUGUAUGUGAAUCAAACAUCCAAUAAAAAAGCAUGAAUUAUUCCAUUUGAUUCUGUAAAUAAAAACAAAAAUGCAUGCGAUCUGUGUCUAGUGUAAAAAGGUAUGAGUUUGUGUUCAGAAAUCAAAUUCUAAAAUAGCAACAAGAAAUUUUAUUAAAUAAAACAAGUAAAAGAAGAAAAUGCAACUUUCUACGCAUUGAGUGUUAAUUUGCUAAAAAAAACUCCUCGAUUUCUUCGAAUUAAUCUUUGAUGCCGCAGGAUUUACGAGUAGAAGCAAAUGUCGGUUACAAUAAACGGGAAGCUGGUAUUUUCGUAUAUCUUAAAAACCGUUUGACCACUUAACUGGGUCAACCAUGAAUGGCAUGAGUGAAUGAGCGACCGUUGGAUGGCGUCCACAUAGAACUUCCGCAACAUCUUUAACUGUGUAUUUAUUCUUUACAACGGAAAUGUAAAUGAAGCAAGAGCAAAAUGUCGUGCAAUAUGCGACUUUUGACUGCCCUCUUGAUUACACAAACCCCAAAAAGCGCAACAACAAAACGAAAAAUGAAAAGCACACUUGUGUGAAAUCCAGUUUGCGGCGGGCCGAAUUGAUCAAUAUACAAUCAUACUAAACGAAAAGCGAAACUUUUGCCACCCGUCAACGGAUUUCUCCUUAGUCGAAUAGUUGCUUAACCCAGCAACACACACAAUGUAUCGCUUAAAUGUACACCAACAACAGCAAUCUCAGCAGCAGCCAUCGUCAUCGGGAGCGGCGUCGUCGUCGUCGUCGUCAUCGGCGCCUGCAAAGUCCUCCACGCAGCUGUUGGCCUCCAACGCUGCCACCUCUACUACCACAACAGUUAUACCCAGUCAUAUUUUGUUGCAGCAACAAUUGGCCGCUGCAGCAGCUGCUGCUGCUGCUGGCAUCAAUCAACCACCGGCUACAAUUGCUGCUACGCAUUUACUCAGCGUUGCUGCCAUUGCCAGUGGUGAAGUUGGUAGCGCUUUGGAUCUGAAUGGCGGCCACCACCAACAACAGCAACGUGCACUAAUCCAUCAACCGCGGCAAGCACAUGCGCACCAGCAGCGUCUGCACGCCAACAACACCAGCAUUAGCCUUGGUUCGGCUGCGUUGGGUGAGACGCCCACAAUCAUUACGAAUGUGAUGGCUGCAUCGGUGGAGGAAAAAAUUAAAAUCAUUUCGACUGCCAUUAAAGCCGAGCCGCUGCAUGAAGUCAUUGCACUGACUACAACUUCGGCGGCAAAUGCGUCAACAUCAAUGCAGUCAACUGCAGUUAACAAUGGUGGCACUCACAGCAACACCAGCAAUACUAGCAUUAGUCACAUGAGCAAUAAUACUCUAAGGAACAGCAACAGCAACAAUAGCAAUAACAAUCACGGCCACCCAAGCCCCAACUCGAAUAACAACAAUAUAAUAGCACUCACUGUCGACACACUGCCGCCAGCGGCAUCCUCAAGCGGUACUUCCAUUUCCGUUGCUGCAAAGAAGUCUUCUGCGGUGAGCGCUGGCAAUCAUACCACUGCAACAACCAUAGCUGUGAGUCCGCUCAAUAAUGUGAAUACCAUAAAUCUGGUUGUUGGUGGCAGCGCUGGUGGUGUUUCCGGCACAGCUUCCACCUCUAGCGGCAGUGCGGGCGGGACUUUGGUUAUUACGACUGGAGGUGGCAGUCAUGCCGCCGCUUCAUCAUCCUCUUCUGUGGCAGCGGGAAGUAGCAGUAGUGGCAGUGCUGCCAAUGGGCAUCUGGUCUUUAUGCCCAAGCGUGCACGUUUGGAAUGUCCUCCGAGCAACGAAGAAUGGAUUUCCACCUCUAGUCCGGGUAGUGUGCCCAGCUCAGCGCCACCAUUAAGUCCUUCACCGGGUUCGCAAAACCAUAGUUACAGCGCGAAUAUGUCAAAUGGCUACGCAUCGCCGAUGUCGGCUGGCAGUUACGAUCCAUAUAGUCCCAAUGGUAAACCAGACGUACGUUACUCCUCAGCUGUGCCCACUAGCCCGUUCGCCCAGCCGUGA